UGUCCUGAGCUUUAUCAAUGUGGGGCAUUGAACAGUGGAUGUGAACGACUGCUGAAAUCUCUCAUAAUACCAAUCAAGUUUGUUUUCUUCCGAUCGAGUUUAAUUCCAGACCCAGAUUGAGUUUGGACAGACUGCACAUCAUGACGAGCAGCUCGAAGCGGAAAGAGGAGGUCCACGUGCUUAAUGGAGGAGUCAAGCAGUCCUCAUGGAGCAAAGCUAUCAGCUGUAAAGCAGUGUGGGAAGAAAAGGAUGAGUUUUUAGACGUGGUCUACUGGAUUCGUCAGAUUAUCGCUAUCAUACUGGGUGUAAUAUGGGGUGUUGCACCACUGAAAGGGUUUCUGGGUAUUGCAAUAUUCUGUGUGAUCAACGCAGGUGUUCUGUAUGUGUACUUCAGCAGUUUUCAGCAGGUGGAUGAGGAGGAGUAUGGAGGGACAUGGGAGCUCACUAAAGAAGGCUUCAUGACUUCUUUUGCUUUGUUUCUGGUGGUUUGGAUAAUAUUCUACACGGCGCUACACUACAACUGAGAACAUGCCUGAAACCCAUAGUCCUGGAGAGACAAUGAUGGACAUUUUAUUUAAUGUGAUGUGGAAGGACUGGAGUGAGCUACUGUUCAAGGCAUCGGUGUAUGUGAUCAGAAGCAUGUUUGGGCCUUGAGGAACAGCAGCAUUGUGGGUACACGUUCAUAACCUUGUUGAACCCAGGGCUCAUUGAAUUUUAAGCUAAUGUUGUCCAGUGCACUGCCACGGCUAAUGGGUUGAUACUGUUAUUUCUGAUUUUUCUCUUUUUCUUGUUUGAAUGCUGUCGUAUCAAACACAAUUUAACUUUAAUUUUAUGUCUUUUGUUUUGUUUGUUUCACAAUUAGCUUCCAACACACAUUGUCUUACUCUGUUAUGACAAGUAAAUCAGAUAGCAGCAUGUAAAUUCUGUACAAUUGAAUUUGAUCAGAUCCGUAAUGUAUUAAUGUAUUUUUUAUGUCUUGUCAGUGUAACACUUCUCAGUAUUUUAUAGUGUAUUCACGGAAAUGCAGAUGUUGUGUAUGCUUGUUAUGAUUAAUAAGAUAUAAAUGAGGCUGUGGAGAGACUAUUUUCUGGCUGAGAUGUUUUGGAGAGUAAAAUUAAACAUGGGCAUUGUCUGCCCACACUUUUCAACCGAUGUUCUGAUGGACUCAAUCAUUUUAUCCAUUUACUAUAUUUGUAAAACUGCAUUUGAAAGAUUUUUUUGGUUUGUUUUAUGACUGUAUUUCGUGAAAUCCCUGUCUCCAAAUGACUUUAUAAAUCACACAUAAUGUAUAAAUUUGGCAUUUGCAUU